AUGGAAAAUAAUUGCGUUGCAUGGGAAAGAUUUACGCCAAGUGGUCCAGUAGCUCUUUUACCACUUACUGAAAAUAUGAGUUCGGUGACAUGGUCGACAAGUGCGGAACAUGCUGAAGAAUUGCUUUCAUUACCACCAGAAAAGUUUGUUGAUGAACUCAAUGAAUUCUUAACUACUGACAUUCAUCAAGAUUCUGUAACAAACCAAUUUUUAUCACUAACAGAACAAAUACUAAAAGGAGUAUUUUCCGUAAGUGAGAAGCCAAGACUUACGUUUCCAACGGUCAUAUCUUUAUAUGAAGGUACUCGUGCCGGAUUUCCGCUGGCUUUUGGGCAUAGUUAUAGUUAUGUUAUACCAAGAGCUGCACUAAUUGGCGAUGCAGCUCAUCGUACUCAUCCAUUAGCUGGACAGGGAGUUAAUCUUGGAUGGAGUGAUGUGAAAAUAUUGCUAGAAUGCUUACAGCAAUGUGUUGUUGAAGGCGCUGAUUUAGGUUCGCUUACGUAUUUAUCUGAUUAUGAUACACAAGCACAGCGACGAAAUGUACCUGUGCAGGUAGCAUGCGAUUGGUUGAAUAGACUUUAUUUGACGACUAGUAUGCCAUUCAUCCUUAUGCGUUCGUUUGGUCUUAAUAUGGUCGAUAGAUUCACACCUUUAAAAGAUCUUAUUGUUUAUCGAACAUCAACGUAA